AUGAUGAAGCUCACAACGACCACCUCAACCGCCCCAUCUAUCCUCCUCACCACCCUAGCCCUCGUCGCUACAUCCUCCGCGGCAUCCCACUGCGACCGCAAAUACAUCGCCGGCGGCUACUACUGGGAAAUCACAAUGCAAAACGUCGGCAGAGACAACAUCGAGCGGCACUGCGGCCGCCUCUGGGAGAACCUCAAGGGCAUGGCCAGCUGCAUGGUCUACCCGCCCAACGGGUGCGAGUCGUCGCUCAGGGGGGACGACCUCUUUUUGUGGAUGACAACCAGCAUCGCGUGCUCAAAGAAUGACGUCCACAAGGCGUUUCACGGGGCGAAUAGGAGCCGGUUCGGGCCCAUCUCGUGCACCGAGUAG